UGGUCCUCACCUGUGAAGAUGAUUUUGUGGAGGAAGGUCUGUUGGCGCUAUCAUGUGUGGGUCAUGGGCUGCUACAUGCUGCUGGCCCUCAUUGCCCUGAAACUGUCCCUCAGGCUGAAAUGUGACUUCAGUGUCCUAGAUCUGGACUCCAAGGAAUCUCGAAGCCAGUACUGCAGGGAUUUCCUGUACAAGAACCUGAAGCUGCCAGCAAAGAGGUCCAUCAACUGUUCUGGGGUCACUCGAGGGGAGCACAACGCAGUGAUCCAGGCUCUGCUGAAUAACCUGGAGAUUAAGAAGAAGCGGCAGCCCUUCACAGAGACUGACUACCUUAGCAUGACAGCAGACUGUGAGCAAUUCAAGACCAAAAGGAAGUUCAUACAGUUAUCGCUGAGCAAAGGAGAGGCUGAUUUCCCCAUUGCGUAUUCCAUGGUGGUUCAUGAGAAGAUCGAGAACUUUGAAAGGCUGCUGCGAGCUGUGUACGCCCCCCAGAACAUAUACUGUGUCCAUGUGGACCAAAAGUCCCCGGAAACCUUCAAGCAGGCAGUCAGGGCCAUCACAUCAUGCUUCCCAAAUGUCUUCAUAGCUAGUAAGCUUGUGUCAGUAGUCUAUGCUUCCUGGUCCAGGGUGCAGGCUGAUCUGAACUGCAUGGAAGACUUGCUCCAGAGCUCCGUGCCAUGGAAAUACCUCCUGAAUACCUGUGGGACAGACUUUCCCAUCAAGACCAAUGCCGAGAUGGUCCAGGCCCUCAAGCUAUUGAAUGGGCAGAACAGUAUGGAGUCAGAGGUACCACCGGUACAUAAAACGUUCCGCUGGAAAUAUCACUAUGAGGUGAAAGACACAUUGUACGUAACCAAUAAGAGGAAGACCCCUCCACCAAAUAACAUGACCAUGUUCACUGGGAAUGCCUACAUGGUGGCUUCUCGAGACUUCAUCGAACAUGUAUUCAACAACUCCAAAGCCCAGCAACUAAUUGAAUGGGUAAAAGACACCUAUAGUCCUGAUGAGCACCUUUGGGCCACCCUCCAGCGUGCCUCGUGGAUGCCUGGAUCAGCUCCCUUGCAUGCCAAAUUUGACCUCUCAGACAUGACGUCUAUUGCAAGGCUAAUCAAGUGGCAGGGCCACGAGGGGGACAUUGAGGAUGGGGCGCCUUACACCCCUUGCUCAGGCGUCCACCAGCGGGCUGUCUGUAUCUACGGGUCUGGGGACCUGCACUGGCUACUUCAGAACCAUCAUCUCUUGGCCAACAAGUUUGACCCAAAGGUGGAUGAUAACGUCCUUCAGUGUUUAGAAGAAUAUCUACGUCACAAAGCCAUCUAUGGGACCGAACUGUGACACACUGCAAGACGAUUGCUACUUGUAUGGCAGGACAAUGCCAGGCCUUACUGGAGCAAUAUCGGGUGGGCUCCUGGGGCUCUGAACUCCACGUGUUCCCUAGGAGGAGGGGGCUGCUAUGGGAGCAUGGGUAAGUAGAUCUCUGCGCCCUGUGAGCUGCUGGUGGUGACUGUGGCUACUCUCCAACCCUCUCCCCAAGAGCCCUUUUGCCUUUCUCACAGUGCCAGAACCACAACUACUGCUAUUCGGGAGAAUAAGGGAGGACCAUGUGGCCAGGGACUCUAGGUUUUGGCUGCAGAUUUCCUGGGGUUGGUCAUGGGAAGAGAAUUUUAGUGGAAAGAGCCCUCCCCUUUUGUACUGUUCAUUUAAAAUAAAUAGCUUCCAAGCCAAAGUCCUAUCCCUACCCUGUUGUCUAUGAAUCCAGAAGUAAUCUGAACAGAAAAAAUGUGUGAGACUUUUCUCAUAUGCUGAGGACAGUCUCUAGCGGCUGGCAGCGAAGUCCCCCUGGCAAGCUGUGUAGAUGGCAAACUGAAUCACAGAGCUAAUUCUCUCAUCACAGAAAGCCUUCCUAAUUUUGUUUACAUUGGCAGAUUCUGACUUUACCAAAAAGGCGAAGGACAGAAUGAUUUAACUAGCAUGACCACUAU